GAAGAAGACGACGACGAAGAAGAAGACGAAGAAGACGAAGAAGACGAACGGCGACUCAGGACACAGGAAAUAGUUGUUGUUACUGUCAGUCGAGGCAAGGGAACAGAUAGAUAGCGCAGAACGAGAUUGUUGGGGAAACAAUUUAAAUAGAGAGACAUUACGCGAAACAUUGUGUUCCUUCGCUGGAGUCAAAUGGGGGGCUGCACGGUGGAGACUGGUUAGAGCGUCAGCCUCACAGUUCUGAGGACCCGGGUUCAAUCCCCGGCCCCGCCUCUGUGGAGUUUGCAUGUUCUUCCCUGUGCCUGCGUGGGCCACUCCGGUUUCCUCCCACAUCCCAAAAACAUGCAUAAAUUGGAGCCUCUCAAUUGCCCGUAGGUGUGCAUGUGAGUGCGAAUGGUUGUCUGUUUGUAUGUGCGCUGCGAUUGGCUGGCAACCAGUUCAGGGUGUACCCCGCUGACAGCUGGGAUAGGCGCCAGCACGCCCGCGACCCCUAGUGAGGAGAAGCGGCUCAGAAAAUGGAUGGAUGGAUGGAUGUUUGUACAGGUUUCUAACGCACUGACGAUAAGGGCGAUUAAGCGUCCAAAGGGGUUGACUCACAAUUUAUAAACGUGCAACAGCGUCCGACGUUAAGGGUUUUUAACACGAACCAAGUUGUGGUGGCCCUGUCAGAACGUGUAUUGGCCCCCGUAUAUUCAUGAUAUAGUAUGUUAAGUGUUAUUGAUUAUUUAGUGUUUAGCAUCUUUAUAUUGGAGCCCCUUUAAGAAAUUAUUAGUACAGUUGGAUUCAUGGUUAUAACUCUACUAGCCUCACUAAAAUCAAGGUAUUCAUUACAGUUGCACCAAUUAAUCAAAUUAUUCAAAUAUUUACUUAGCACUGACGUUCCAACAAUGCUUUAUCUUGUGUCUUGAUGUUGUGCACACGAUGGCGAAAGUGCUCCGAUCAGGGUUUUCGAUUCCGAUAUUCCAUGAGUGAGAUCUGCCAAUACCGAUCAUAUAGAUUAGCUGUACAUUUUUCAAUGUAUUUAUGGUGAGUGCUAUUGGCUCUAUGAUCUGACAAGUUUGUUUGGGUUUGCUUCGCAGUGGGAAGGGGACACUACACUAAUUAAGGCUGGGCAAGUAUGGAAAAAAAUAAUAAUCACGAUCAUUUUGAUUGAUAUUAAAAUCAUGUAUCAUCAAUCCAUUAACACGAUUAUUCAUUGAUUUCAAAACGUUGUGUUGAUUCAACUAUCAACACUCAACUUUAAAUAUAACUUCAAAGAACAACCAGAAAAUAAAUUAGUAACAAAUAAAACAUUAAUGCAUUAUCCAUCCAUCCCAUCCAUUUUCUUUAUCGCUUAUGCUCACGCGGGCUUGCUGGAGCCUAUCCCAGGUAUCUUCGGGCGGGAGGCGGGGUACACCCUGAACUGGUCGCCAACCAAUCGCAGGGCACAUUGAAACAACCAACCAUUCGCACUCACAUUCACACCUACGGAAAAAAAAAAAAAAAAAAGGAAAAGAAGAAGAUGGCUAAAAACGUGCCAAUGAAUGUUACCCAUAUUGUCAAUUAUAUAUAUGACUAAAAAAAUUCUGGCAUUCAGCAAAUAGAAAUAAUUGUGGUAAUCCUAAUUGACCUAAAAAAAUGAAUGAAGUUUUGUCUGAUAUCAUGUAACUGGUCAUAUUUAUCUACUUGAUGUCCUUCAUACACUACUCACAAAAUGUUCGGGAUAUUUGUCUUCCCAGUGACAUUUCAGGAUGAACCAAAAAUGCCUUUACAGGGGAACUUAAUUUGACCUAAACAUUUUUGAAUGCACAUUUCCAACAGUCCAACGUUGAUUGGUACUUUUUGCACAAUUUGUCACACAAUUUGUUGUUCGCUAACAAUAACCUGCAAAGGUUAUAAUAGUGCAUUUUGCAUCCAUCCUGAAAUUUUACCCAGAAGAAUUUUCCUGACUUUGCGUGAAUAGUGUAUCUGACUGUACCUGUUUGUUGACAACGCUUCUUUGGCUGGUCAGAACGUCCGCUGCCUUUGCCUUCGCUAAGGCUCCUGGUCCCACCUCUGCGGUUGAUGUCUGCCGUCAUGUGGAAGGUGGUUCAUUUGCGGAGCACAAAGCAUUAUGGGAGAGUGGUGGAGUUUAUUUCCUUGGUGAAUGAAGCCAUCCCUGAUAUAUUGACUCACAGACAGAGGAAGCUGAUUACUCUGGGAUUGAAAAUAAAGAUGUCUUUACAGAUGUUAAGCUCUGAUCAGGAUGUUAAAUGUGUUAAAACCGUAUUGGAGAGCAUCCUACCAGGCAGCUCAGAGCAGGCCCUUCCAACAAAUGAAGCUUUUGAGAACCACUUGGUUGCACUGGUUCAGAGACUUGUGGAUGACCAUGAAUGGAGAGAACACUUCCUGAAGAAUGAGUUCCCUGUGCAUUAUGGGCCAGACUUUGAUACAGCACUGGAAACUUUGGUGUCUGAGUUCUUCUCCAGAUUGGACGAGCUGUUGCUUAUUCCGGAUUUUAAACAGACCUCAAUUUGGAUUGGCGAUGAUGCAUCGUCACUGCUAGAAGACUACAUGCAGUAUGCUUGUGAAGCUAAGGACUUCACAGUCGUGCUCAAAGGCACAAUCCAAAGAGGAAAAUUAGCCAAGAUGAACACCAAUGACACGUCUACCUCAGAAGAACAGCUCGUCUCAUCACUAGCUGUCCCUGUCUCAACCAGGGAGACAAACUCGUCCUUGACUGAUGACAGUCAAGAGUGCUUCCCAUUGAGUACCACAGAUGUGGAAGAAAUCACUUGGGUAUCUGCAGCCCAACAGGAACCUGAGAUUUGCUCUCGGGAAGAAACGGUUCUGCCAAAUCUGAGCAAUAGCAAGGAAGAAGGAACAGCAGUUGAGCUUUCUGUUUUGGAUGACCAAGCUUUAGCCACCUCCCCAGCUCCUUCCACAUCCGCUCUCCAUUCUGCAUCAUCCAGCUCUACCAUUGGCCCUCAGCAGCAAAGGGUUGCACACAGAUGCGCUCACUGUAGCAAGUGCUAUAUUUAUCGUUACGAACUCCUGGAACAUCAGAGGAUCCACACUGGAGAGAUGCCUUACAAGUGUACUCAAUGCGGAAAGGCCUUUAGGAGAAGCUCGGAUCUGUCUAGUCACAGGCGGUCACAGUGCACAAAAGCUGCCUACGUUUGCCUCAAAUGUGGCAAUAGCUUUCAGUCAAUACAGCACAAAUUUAAACACCAGUGUGUUCACAGUACACGAACAUUUGACUGUUCUCACUGUGGAAAAAGCUAUAAGAGGAUGUGCCAGUUGGAAAAGCAUGAGCUGUUUCACACUCAGAAGCGGAUCUUCACAUGCAGAAAGUGUGGGGAGAAGUUCUCUAGUAUGAGUGAGCUGAAAUUUCAUCAGAAGAUUCAUCUUGUUGGGCUGUCCAAUCAGUGCGCACGAUGUGGGAAGAUGUUCUCUUCUUCAGCGUCUUUGGAAGCUCAUGAAGAGAGCCACAGAACACAGAAAACACACGUUUGUGCACUUUGCGGCAAAUCCUUCAAGAACAAACACGACCUGACCCGUCACAAUCGCAUUCACACAGGCGAGAGGCCGCAUCAGUGCACAUACUGUGAGAAACGUUUCUUCAUGUUAACAAGCCUCACCGUACACAUACGGACCCAUACGGGAGAGAAACCAUACCUGUGUUCUGACUGCGGCAAAGCUUUCGCGUCAGCCGGUGAGCUGCAGAUACACAGACGCACCCACACAGGAGAGAGGCCCUACAAAUGCACCGUGUGCGAAAAAGGUUUCACCAUGGCGCACAAACUAACUCGUCAUAUGCGUGUUCACACCGGGGAGCGACCUUACGUCUGCUCUGAAUGUGGAAAAGCCUUUUCAAGUAGCACCCAGCUGAAAAUUCAUAACAUGAACCACACAGGAGUCCGACCCUACACAUGUGAGUUGUGUUCUAAAGGCUACAGGUGUCUCAAUCACCUGAAGAGGCAUUUGAAAUCUCACGGCAUCUAUCAAGUAUCUGUCUGAUUCGAACCAUGCAUACAUUUUCUAUGCUGAUGUCACAGAUGAGAUGGAGCCUAGCUCAGCUGACUUUGGGCAAGGUACACCCCCUCGGCUGGCCGUCAGUCAAUCGCAGGGCACUAUGGACACAACCAUUCACACUCGCAUUCACACGUAUGGGAAAUGUAGUCUUCAAUGAACCUAGCAGUUGUGUUUUGGGGAUAUGCUUUCUUUCAUGUCAAAUUUUGCCUGCACUUACUAGCGCUGUUGUCAUCGAGGUUGAAUACUUUUUUGCUUUCUCAAGAAUUUGUCACAGAAAUACUUGCUAAGUUGCUAUUAUUUAAUUGAUCGAUUUACACACUAUGUCAGAUCUGUUUUAAACCAAUAAUAUACAAAUGUUGAACCUGAAAUGUCAUCUUUGUCUGCACUGUCAUUACUUGGGCGGUAAUAAAUCGUGCCUCUAACAGUAGGGGAAAUUGCACCAGGGACCCUUCCUUCUCAGUCUGCAUUCUUAAUCAAAUGUAUACAUUUUAUAUCAUGGCCUUUAAGGCCAAACACGCUCCAUGUAUUCGCUCCAUGUAUUUGCUUGUUCAAAAAGCACACAGGUGUUAAUGUUAUGAAUCAUCGCUGCACAAAAUACAUGCCAGCCAUAUAUAUUUUUUCCAAACACUUAAAACGAGAGAUGGCAAAAACACUGUCUGUACUUAAGUAGAAGUACUGAUACUUGUUUUAAAAAAUAAAAA